AUGGCUCCUGCUAAGCUUCUCUUCGCCGUCGUCGUCGCGCUUCAGGCCUCCGCGAUCCUCGCGCAGACGUGCUCGUGCGCCGACUGCGAGACGGUGGCCCCUCCAUGCUACGCCAGCAGGUGGUACGCGUGGUGGAUCAAGGACGACUGCAGCUCGCAGGCGCUGUGGAACAGCGUGCAGGCGUCCAGCGGCGUGCGCAGCAGCGUGCUGGCCGUGUGGGGCCCCGGCACGGCCGGCGCCAGCACCUCCUUCCAGGACUACGUGCUCAUGGCGGCCAACAACCGCCGCAACCCCUCCUGCGUCAAGACCUACCUGCUGGACUGGAUCAAGUGCAAGGCUGCGCCCACCGACUCGGCCGUUCAGUUUUACAACUCGGCGUUGGGCGUGGGGGUGAGCGGGGUGAAGGAUGUGCGGUCGCUCAACACGUUUGUGACGGCCGUGAUCAAGAAGAUUGGCCAGACCGUGUUUAACACGCUCGCUGGCAUGCUCAGGCAGCGCGGCCUGCAGGCUCAGGUUGUGAUGGCCGGAACAUGGUGCUAG